AUGGAAAACACGAACUUCGACGACACGUCGCCAAGCACGUCCUCGACGACCUGUCACCUCCUUCGCCUCCCCGACGAGCUCCUCGACGACAUAUUCUGCCUCGUCUACGCCCAGGAGCACGUCUACGACGUGAACAGCCCAUGGCCGGCACCGCUCCACUCGCCUCUUUCGCGCCGCCUGUACCGCGUUCAGCAACCGUCCCUGUAUCGCAUCGUGCUCAUCGAACGCUACCGCGACCUACGGUCGCUACGCGACACCGUGCGCGACGUGCCCGGCGUCGGCAACAACGUCGCCGAACUCGUCCUGUGCACGGAGCACGAGGAGUGGCUGGACGAGGACCGCGCGCGUCAACAAGCGCAGCACGAGCGCGGCGCCGCCGAGCAGGGCGACGGCGAGAACACGAACGACGAUGGCGAGGUCGUUCAGCUCGUCGCGCCGGUCGACCCGGCCCAGAGCGACCCGGCGCACCUGCACGGCCUGCUCGAGCACCUCCCGUGCCUCGAGAUUUUGCGCUGCACGCACCUCGACGGCCGGCUUCUCGCCCUCCUACUCGCCGACGACCGUGUGCCCCGUCUACUCGAGCGCCUGUGGCACCUCGAGAUCGUCGCCAAGAAGGUCGUCCCGGAGGUCCGAGCGUCGACCGUCGGCUGGGCCGCCCAGCUCGCCCGGUUCGACGCCCUCGCGAGCCUCGAGAUCACGCAGCUCGAGCCGGGCAACGUGUUCCCGCCAGUCGCUUCGCCCGUGCCCGUCCUCGCGGCGCUCAAGAUCCUCAAGUUGUCGUGCGAGGGCUUUGGCGCGUGGACCGGCCCGCCUCUCGGCGAGCUCGCGCCCAACCUUGACGAGCUCUGGCUCUCGGAAUGCCAGUACACCGCCGCAGUCGACUUUUCCCCCGUCCUGCGCGCCUCGCCCGUCGGCCUGCGUCGGAUCCACAUCGACGUGCCGUUCAGCAAAGUCGUCCGCUCCGUCAACUACGUGGACGCCAUCCUUCCUCGUUUCCGUCACCUCGUCGACCUCACCCUCUGCCCGGGAACGUUCUCGUUGCGCGGUCUUUUCGGCGCCCUGCGACACAUGCCCUACCUCGAGAUCCUCUCGUUCGCGCCCCACGCACCAGUUUGCGACGUCCUCCUCGCACUACUCGUCACCGGCCCGUCCCGCCCUCCCUCUCUCAACUGCCUCAUCCUCGACCACGUCUACUGCGCCAAGGGCCCGAGCGUCGACCGUACGUCGCCGCAGCCGUUCCCGCCGCAGGACGGUUCGGACACGCCCAAGUUCCGCAUGAAGCAGGGGUGGGUCGCGCCGCGUUGGCCUCGCGGUGGGAGCGAAGCCCACCUCGCAGCUGUCGUCGAGCGGGCGCGCACUAGCGGCAUCGAGGUGAUCGGUAUCGCCCUCAAGUGCAUCGGCUGGCAGGUCAACUUCGAGCGCGAGAAGCGCUCGGCGCUGCUCUUGUGGGGCGAGCGGACGGGCGACUACGUCGAGGCGAGGCGAGAGCUUGGGCACGAGGUCGUCGACAAGCACAUUGAAGGUGUGAAGGCGGCGGCAGCGGCGGCAGCGACGCGCUUGACGGGCUUCCCUACUCCUUGA